CUGGAGAAUCACAUUCAGAAUCGCGUUCAAUGAGAGCUAGUUUCGAGCUUUCGACUAACAACUGCUAGUUACAGUUUUUGUAUCCGCAUUGCUUGUAGAUCAUGUUUAAUAUGGUGGCACGAUUAAAUCUUAUAGAUUGCGGAGCAUGCCUCGGCAGUAUGACUUACCUUUACUGAUUAUGUGUUCUUCCAGGCGCUAUCUUCGAGACUCACAUUGUCCUGAAGGAGACCAUGGUGACACCUCUGAUUGUCUUGCAACCUGGACCAGACGAUUGAAUCUCCCAUGUUCUCUGAGUACACUUUACUCCACCCUCUUCCUAUACAUUCUGGAACUGGAAAUGAUGGAUUCUGAUGACUUCAGCAUGCUGAACAUGGUGAAGCCACGGCCACGGCUUUCCUAGUGAACCUCAAGGAUUUCUUCUGAUAUAUACAUCUGUGCAUGAUCCGGACUGCAAACAGGAGUGAGUAUGGACGCUCGAUUCCUCCUACUUGAUCUGGACUCAUCCUGAAAUGAAUGAAUGAUCCAGAUGGUAACAGCACCGGAUCUAACGACGUCGUGCUCGUGUAGUUUGAUUCGUCCACAGACGAGAGAGUGACCUCCUAGCACUACAAGAGAAGUACAGAACCUCCACGCAAUGAACGAACACAUGCAGCCAUCGAUUGUCCCGCUCUCGUUUCGUUUCCCACGAGAAUUCAAUCCUACCGACUCUACGAUCGUCACAGCACCACCUGAACGCACCCUUUCCUCCGAACUGGGAUUGUGUCGGCCGACUUCCAGAAGAUGGCAAGCACCCUUCCAUCUCGUCCCCGCACCAUCGCCAUAUCCUGCAAAUUCAAGACCCGUGGCUAGGUCCUGAAAUUGCCCUCUCCUCCUGCUCGCGGGUUAAUGUGAAGUUCAUUUUUGACCCUCGGGUAGUGACUGGUUGGAUUCAUUGCAGGUCUUCUCGCUUCCCUGUUCGACAUCCGGUGCGUUGCAAACUUGGCCGCUUUGAGUGCCGAGUUUUGGCCCUGUGUACUUUAAGUGAGUGAAGAUAAGUAUUUCUUUGAGAAAAUUGCUUGAAGUGACCUCAAGUAACACAAAUAGGUCACUAGAUCCAUCACGCAUCGUUUUGACCGUGAUAUAUUUAGGUACACCGCCACCAAGUUCUAAAAAGAAUUCCUGGAAUUGCAUGCUGCGGGCUAUAGUGUGGAGAAUUGAACUAUGGGGGAUUGAACUUCGAAAUUCCAACUAUUGAAUCUAUGCUCUUAUUUAUGCGACCCAAUUGCG